AUGCCCUCCUCAUCCAUGUUGAUCUUCAUGGUCAUCUUUUUCAUGGAGACCUUGGCUACAAUGUUGCAGAAUGGCUUCAUUGUUGCUGUACUGGGCAGGGAGUGGGUGAGAUGCUGCACACUGCCUUCAGGUGACAUGAUGGUAUCCUGCCUGGCUGCCUCCUUAUUCUGCCUGCAUGGGAUGGCCCUCCUAAACAAUCUCAUUGACUCCUUUAACUUUUGUUCCAAAGUUUACUAUUUCAACACUUCCUGGGGCUUUAUCAACGCUCUUACUUUCUGGCUUACUGCCUAGCUUGCUGCCUUCUACUGUGUGAAGAUCUCAUCCUUCUUUCAUCCUGUCUUCCUCUGGCUAAAGUGGAGGAUUUCUCGGUCAGUGCCCAGGCUGCUGCUGGGCUCCAUGAUUAUAUCUAUCGUGCCAGUCAUUCCAUUAGCCACUUGGAAUAGCAUUCUUGUGCAGCUGAGUGCCUCCCAGAGUUCCCAUGGAAACGGCACCCUAUGUGAAAGAAUACAGACCAUCUCUCUCUACUCUUUUUUGCCUACAGUGCUUAUGUUGUUGAUUCCCUUUCUCCUGUUCCUUGUGUCCACCCUCUUGCUCAUAUUCUCACUGUACAGGCACUUGGGGAAAAUGAGGGACCACAGAUCCGGCCCAUGUGAUCCCAGCACCCAGUCUCACACCAUGGCCCCGAAGUCAUUUACUGUCUUCCUUGUCUUCUACACAUCAUAUUUCCUCUCCCUGAUUAUUGCUUUUAUGAAAAUCACAACACUGAAGAAUCAGAGCCAUGGGGCCUGGGAAGUGGUGACCUAUGCAGGCAUCUGUCUGCAUUCUAGCAUCCUGGUGCUAAGCAGCCCAAAGCUGAGAAAGGCCCUGAAGAGAAUCCUUUGCAAGUCCCUGGACAAAAGAUGGUUCAUCACAAGUAUCAAUAUCAAUAAUCAGUAUCAAUAG